AUGGUCAUUGAGCAUGUCCCCUUUCUUUUUUGCUGGGAAUGCGGUGCAGCUGUGGGACAGAACUCCUGGGGCUUGGCUCAACGAGUUUGGCUGCUCCUGCACCGUGGGGUGGCUUGUCUAGACUGCAUAAGAUCAGGCCGUGGCCAAGUGGGCAGCACCAGUGCCCAGGUGUGCAUCAAUCCUGCACCUGUAGCAGCUCCUGUCUGCCAAAGGGCAGGAAGGGCAGAGGUCUUCACCCAGAGAUCAGCAAGUGAAGCAGCUGGAUCCACAUUUCAUGUUUAUGGUGCUUUGGCAGCCGCUACCCUGUUUACCAAGGCCAGCAGGAAUCUGUCAUCUUGGCUGGGUGUGGCACAAGUAGCAACAGAUUGGGUGAGCCGAGCCAAGGCUGGGAGGUGUGUUACUCCCAUAGACGCUGUGCAAACAAGGCAGAGAUUAGCUCACCUGGAACUCACAUCCUGUGCCAGGGACAGUGCUGAGUCACCUCACAGGCACCUCACCCGGCUGUCAGCCAAGGUGCCUCAUAGCACAGACACACCAUGGUGUGUGUGUCCUGUCUGCUUCCUGCUCCUGCAUACUUGGAAGUACUGCCUUGCUCUUUUGCUUGCCCGUUGGGAUUUCCUGCUCCCAAACUUCCAAGAAAUCUUGGAGAUGGUUGCAGUUCCAGGGCCAUUUUAUGGACUUGGGUUUUGGGUGCCUGCAGUACAGAAGAAAUGGAAGAACAUCUUUUCAACACCUUCCUUGCUAUCUUUCUAGCACUCAACCGCUUCCUAAGACAAAAACUGUGUGGGUGGAUCAUCAUUUCUCUCGGAUUUGGCUGGUAGAGAGGAAUCCUGCAUCCCUAUUUGUGCAGGAUAGCAUUGUCUUGCUGAACUGGACAUGUCCUGAAUGGUCUUCCUGGGUGGUGGGGAGGAGGGGAAGACUGAUGCUUUGUGCCCAACUGAAAGCAGGUGUCAGCUUAUGGAUGGAUUGGCUUGCAUCCUUAUCUGCAGGAAGUAAGGAGUAUCUCUGUAAAAUCAUGCUAUAAACCAAACCCUCCUCACUUCUCUUUCCAUGAGCUGCUGGAGCAGAAGGGGAAGACAAAGCCUGAGUCACCCAUGAGGAGUCAUCACAUCAUAACCGACCUGAUGAGAAAUCAUAUACAUCCUGUACAAAGAUGAAUAAAUUUAUGUUCUUCCAUCCCAGGUGUCCUGAGACAGGACUGGAUGUACAUGCCAUACCCAGUUCAGCCCAUGCUGAGGUGGUGCCACACAAGCUGGGUUCUGGUUGUGUGCUAGAAGAGAGUCUAGGAAGGAGCUGUGAUGCAUUCAUUUGACACCAGAAAGCUGCCUUGCAUCCCUGUGGGUCAGUUGGCUGUCCAUGGGUCUCUCUGGAUUCCCUUGCCUGCUCUAAGGAGGUCAACAGCUAAGGACAGUCCCUGAAACUGCUGUCUUCUUUUGGGGGUGUGUUUCUGUGUUGUUUUCUACCUGUGCUAUAUGUGAAGCAGGUAGGCUCAAAUCUCUCUACGUAUCACUCAGUUCCUGGGUUUCCCCAAAUAAGACAUGCUAAAAAAACAGUUUCUCACCUUUUGUGUUGGGAGAAUUGCGAGCACUCAGCAUUUUGUAGGAAAUGUUUCCUCCUGCAAGAUGUGAAACACUUAGUUACUGACUGCAGCUCAUCAGCACAGAAUGCUGUGAUGUGAUUUAGAAGCUCAUUAGAGACCAUAAUCAUAGUGGCAGAUGUUGGUUGAGAGUAAGAACCAACACAAUGAAAAAUAGGAAGCUUUCUGCCAUGUGGAUGGUCAAGAUUUGGGGAUGUUUUUUUUCCAAAAUACUGGAGUUUAUGUAUGGUGGAAGUUGCUCUCUAGGUUUGGAAAGGUAGUCAGGGUGGGACUCAGCCCCAGGACCCGUGCCAGGUGUCCCACCCCUUCACAGCCCCACUCAUGCAUGUGGGAGGGCAGUGGCACUUGCAAGGCUCUGGAAUUGAAAUCCUGAGCUGCUACCUGUGCAUCUGUCACAGAUGAUCUCCAUAAACUGUGAUGACAUCGACCUAAGGUAUGCAUUCUCCUACUAAGGUGAAUACCAACAAAUACAAAUUCCACGCACUCGCACGGGGUGUGCAAAUGGCUGAGCAGCUGAGGGCUUACAUCUCACAGCACAAGCUCUUCACAGAGAUGCUGGACCUGGAAUGUGUGUCCAGGUGCAGAGGGAUGAUGGCAUAAGGAUACUCUGGGACCUCUGCUUGCAUAGUAUGACAACAGUGCCUGCUGUUAAGUGUGUCACCCCAUUAUUGUAAAGAACAAACACAAAAGACAAGUAGGGAUACUCUGUGGGAUCAGAUGGGAUGCUCUGUGGGAUUGGUGUCCCAAAUCCCCUUCAUUUCCUGGUGUUCCCCAAAGGUUCAGCAUCACCUUCCUUGGGAUGCUUGCCCCGCUCCAGCUGCUGACCUGCAAGCAGUGCCUUUCCCCUGCUUCCUUCCACCGUUUGUGCCAAGGGGAUGCUGCAAUUGCAUGGCUCUUUGUUCCACUAUUAGAUGCCUGUAUAGAUAUGCACGCCUCUUACCCCCCGCACCCUCCCCAAAAAAAGGAAAAAUCCCCUUUUCCAAGUGCCAAUUUAAAUGGAUGUAGAUGGAAAGCAUGGAGGAAUCAUACAGAGCAGAAAAAAAAUCUUUAAAACUGAGGUCUGAAGCAAAUAUAGCUGAGUAGUACACUAGUUACAGAAUGAACAGCAUAUUGUAUGUGCUGUGUUAGAGGUAUGUUAUGAAUAACAAAAGCACUGGAGC